AUGUUCCUGUUCCCAUCACUCCCUCUUCUGCUGCUGAGUGUGGUGGCAGCCUCUUAUUCAGAAACCGUAUUUGAAGAGCAUAGUCAAAACAACUGCCCCAUGAUUGCUUGUCAUUCUCCAGGCAUAAAUGGCUUCCCCGGCAGAGAUGGACGUGAUGGCCCAAAGGGAGAAAAGGGAGAACCAGGUCAAGGGCUCAGAGGCUUGCAGGGCCCUCCUGGGAAGAUGGGGCCUCCAGGAAACCCAGGUGCCCCUGGGUUACCAGGUGCCGUGGGCCAAAAAGGAGACCCUGGCGAAAGUCGCGAAUGUGCUACUACGGCAUCCAGUUCCACAAUAGAAGCUCUGCAAGCAGAAUUAGAGCGUAUCAAAAACUGGUUGUUCUUCUCUUUGGGCAAAAAAGCUGGGAACAAAUUCUUCUUGAAUUAUCAUGAAAUGAUGACCCUUGAUAAAGCCAAAGCCCUGUGUGCCCAAUUUGAGGCCUCGGUGGCCACUCCCCAAAAUGCUGCUGAGAACAAAGCAAUCCAGCAUGUGAUCCACGAAAACGCGAUCAUAGGAAUUACAGACAGUGCAGCUGAAGGCCUGUUUCAGUAUCUGAAUGGAAGCACAAUCAACUACAAGAACUGGAAUGAGCAUGAGCCUAAUGAUGCUGACUCUGGGGAAGACUGCACAGUCAUCAUGCCAAAUGGCAAGUGGAAUGACGUGCCUUGCUCCUCCCCCGCUUAUGUGGUCUGCGAGUUCUCUGUCUGA